CUGGCCUCCUUACGUUCGAAUCCCGAAAAUCUGACAUUGGAGAAGAAUACAUCUGGCGAGUAUUUUGUCCGCAGGCUGUCCACGUUCUAUCCUAUAGACAGAAUAGGUUUUACUUUGCAGCUGUACCCGACAGACAACACCACGGUCUCUCUCCUCCAAGCAGCUCUUUGUGUCCUCCAAGACCCGGCAAUGCCGCUCUGUCACACAAAGGGGGCAACCAUGUUAUCAAACUCAUCCUUCAUGUUAGAGAAUGGCGUCCUAGUGGUUCUGCCUUACGGCAAGCGAUACACGAGCCACGAGUUCGUUAUUCGCGCCGACGGAACUGCAGUAGUAUGUAACAGUUCCCCGGUAGACGAUGAAAAGUACUUCCUUUGGUUCAGAUUCUACUUGGUGGAGCAGCUUGCAACUUUCGCUUGCCUCCUCGUGUCCAUCGUCAGCCUGCUCCUGGUGUUGCUAACAUAUUCCCUGCUGCCUCAACUGCGCAACGUUCCCGGCAUCAUCGUCAUGUCCCUCUCCGCCUCCAUGCUGACGAUGCAAGUGUUGAUGUUGCUCUUUCUAAUUCCCCGCGGGUGGCUGUGUCUGGCCGUUGCCUGGCUCUUACACUGGAGCCUGUUGGCAACGUUUCUCUGGAACUCGGCACUAGCAUUCGACCUGGCUUUCACCUCACCAGUCAAUCCUUUGGCCACAUGUCCAAGAGGUCAAGAAGUCGUAUCCUGCGGUGUUACAUCAUGUUGUGCUGGCUGCUGCCGCUGUUUGUCGUCGUCAGCCUCGGUGUCAUGGAUCACUACGGUAUCUACGACGUGGGCUACGCUGCCGGAGCUGAUGCAAAAAUCCACGACCUCCAGCCAAGGACCAUAUAACCCAGUAGACAAAAGAAGACUGUUUGUCUACAUCCGCAUCACGCUGAUCAUGGGCUUCACCUGGGCUGUAGGCUUCACCGCGGCUUUUGUCCAACUGGAAGAACUAUGGAUUGCAAACAUUGUGUUGAACGCUUCACAAGGCUUUUAUUUCCUGAUUGCCUUUGUCCUCAAGCGUCGAGUGUGGAGUUUGGUGUGGGAUCGAUUCUCCAGUCUUCGAUCAUCUCGGUCAGGAUCGCUGCAUCCACACAGAAAAACACGACCUUGUCAAGCGGCAUCAUGGAAACCACUGCAGCGAUAA